AUGGCAGGGCAGAACCUCUCACAUGACAACAUGCCCGGUCAUCCUGACAAUAGAAGACAACAGAAAGACAGUGAGCCUCCAUCUAUGUCCUUCCCAUCCACAUCCAAGUCGUCCCAGACCGUGUCAACAUGGCAUGGUUUUGGGCAGAAGGUGCGUCUCCUGGCCCCUUACCUGUGGCCCCGGGGCAGCCUGCCUCUUCAGGUAAUGGUCCUGCUCUGUCUGGCCCUACUGGCGAUGGAAAGGGUCAUCAACGUCUUCGUCCCCAUCUACUCUAAAAACAUAGUGAAUAAUCUGUCUGAUGGCAGCAGCUGGAGGACCCUGGCCACCACCGUGUGUAUUUAUGUCCUGCUCAAAUUCCUCCAGGGUGGAGGGGCAGGUACAUCAGGGUUUAUCAGUAACCUGAGGUCCUUCCUGUGGACGCAGGUCCAGCAGUACACCAGUAGGGUGGUUCAGGUCCGUCUGUUUGGUCACCUCCACUCCCUGUCGUUGCGCUGGCACCUGGGGAGACACACUGGGGACGUUCUGAGUAGUGUAGACCGAGGAACAUCUUCUAUCAACAACCUGCUCAGCUACAUCAUCUUCAGUAUCCUGCCCACCAUCGCUGAUAUCGUCAUCGCCAUCCUCUACUUUGUAUCCUACUUCAGUGCCUUGUUCGGCCUCAUCGUCUUCAUCUGCUUGCUGAUCUACCUCACUUUCACCAUCCUGAUCACUGAGUGGAGGACCAAGUACAGACGAGACAUGAACACUCAGGACAACAACGCUAAGUCUAAAGCUGUGGACUCGCUGCUCAACUUUGAGACGGUGAAAUAUUACAAUGCUGAGGGGUAUGAAGUGACCUGCUUCGAGGAGGCAAUUCUGAAGUACCAGCAGUCAGAAUGGAAGACCAAUGCCUCGUUGGCCCUACUGAACCAGACCCAGAACCUGAUCAUUGGCUCAGGGCUAUUAGCAGGUUCUCUGCUCUGUGCUUACAUGGUCACAGAAGGCCAGUUCCAGGUUGGUGACUAUGUCCUGUUUGGCACCUACAUCAUCCAGCUGUACACUCCUCUCAACUGGUUUGGUACAUAUUACAGACUAAUCCAGAGUUCCUUUAUUGACAUGGAGAACAUGUUCAAGAUCUUAACAGAACACAAAGAGGUGAAAGACGAUGUCAGCGCCACAGACCUCCAGUUGACAACCGGCGAGGUGAAGUUUCAGAACGUGUGCUUCAGCUACACUGAGGGGAAUGUGAUUCUCAGGGGUAUAUCGUUCACUGUGAUGGCCGGCCAGACUGUUGCUCUGGUGGGCCAGUCUGGUUCAGGUAAAAGCACUAUCCUACGUCUGCUGUUUCGCUUCUAUGACGUCCAGGGAGGAUGCAUCCGUAUUGAUGAACAGGACAUAUCCAGGGUGACCCAGACCUCUCUCCGCUCCUACAUCGGUGUGGUUCCUCAGGACACGGUGCUCUUCAAUGACAGCAUAAGAAACAACAUCCGGUACGGACGCAUUCCCGCUAGCGACCAGGAGGUGGAGGAGGCUGCCCUCGCUGCGGACAUACACUACAAGAUCCUGUCACUGCCCGAGGGGUAUGAGACCCAGGUUGGAGAGAGGGGUCUGAAGCUGAGUGGAGGAGAGAAACAGAGAGUAGCCAUCGCCCGUACAAUCCUGAAGGACCCCCGUAUUAUACUGCUGGAUGAGGCCACGUCAGCUCUGGACACACAGACAGAACGCAACAUCCAGGCUUCACUCUCCAAAGUCUGUGCCAACAGGACCACUAUAGUAGUAACACACAGAUUGUCGACCAUCGUUGGCUCAGACCAGAUCCUGGUAGUCCAUGAUGGCCAGAUUGCCGAGAGAGGGAGGCAUGAGGAGUUGCUGUCCCAGGGAGGUUUGUACUCUGCUAUGUGGCUGAAACAGCAGCACAGCACAGCCAAGACAGAAACAUACAACUCUAACCCAGAGGAUCAGCAGGCCACUACUCCCCACCACGGUCCCUGAGCCAGUAACCCAGCACAGAGCUAACCUACAGCUAACCAGGGAACAGAGGAGCAGAUUGAGCCAGGAUAGAGCUCAACCAUCUGAAGGAAAAGAUUCAACUCAUAUUGUGGCAUUUUGGGCGGGUACGGCGAGGUUCUGAGGCGAGUUUCAAACUUAGCAUCUUAAGGUACAUCUUGCAUUCAAAAUACAUUACUGCU